AUGAAGUGGAUCAAGCAAGCAUUGACAAAAGCAAAAAUAGUCAUUGUGUUUAUAAUAAUCUACUAUCGAUUAAGAAGCGAUUUUUUUGUGUUUCAAACUACCGAAAAUUCACAAAAAAUAGGAACGUGGGAUUUGAUAUUGAGGAAGCUCCGGCAUGCUAUUCAGAAACAGUUGGCUGGCUACAGGGAGAAUAUUGAAGAGUUGAUAGGGCCUUUUGUAAAUAAACUAUCAAACAAAUCCUCAGUGACCUUCCCGUUUUUUCCACAAAAAAGGUCUUAUUAUGCUUCAGCUGCAAGAGAAGCACCCCGUGGUGGAUCUGCCUCUAGAGCCGGUAAUUCUGCGGUACAAUGGGCAACUGAUUUGGCCUAGUAAAAUUUUUGGGGAACCCUGCCGUCUAUUGAAUGUCAUUGUAGGCGGGGCGAGGUUUUUCGUUAUAAAACAUAUGACAAUGAGCGUUUUCACGCUCGACAAGACCGAGCUCUGGACCAAUAAGAUGAAGAGCUUGCCCAAAAUGAGAAAAAGCUGGGCCAAAAUGAGAAAAAGUAUGAGCUGGAUAAAGGAAAGUUUG